AUGCUCCGUACCAUAUGGAUAAGGAUCCAAACUAACAAUGAUUUAAGGACUUGUGAAAAUUUCAGGCAAUUCUGCACCGGUGAAUACAGAGAGAGCAAUCGCCCAAAAGGCUACAAAGGCUGUACAUUUCAUAGGGUAAUCAAAGGUUUCAUGAUUCAAGGCGGUGAUUUUGUCCGAGGGAAUGGCUUGGGGAGCAUUUCCAUAUAUGGAGGUAAUACAUUCGACGAUGAAGGAUUUCCCUAUGAUCGUAAGUUAUUUUCUAAUAAUUCUACUGCUCUUAGAUAUACAUACUAA